CUUUAGACCAACACAUCACACGCUGUUUCCUGAAGAUCAGAUCGAGUUUCCUCAGAAAUCAGCACUAGAGCUCAGUGAUAUCAGCACUUUCACCUGAUCACCCAGGUAACCAGAAUGAGUCAGAAGCUUAUGAUCAUCGACACCGACUGUGGUAUAGACGAUGCCCAGGCCAUAAUGAUGGCUCUUGCCUCACCCAACGUGAAGAUUUUGGGCAUCACCUGCUGCUUUGGGAACACUGAUGUGGAGAACGUGUGUCAGAAUGUGCUGCGUGUGCUGUCAGUAUGCCAACAAACUCAGAUUCCGGUCUUCCGAGGUGCGGCCAGCUCCCUGGUCGGAGCGACGACGCAAAAUUUCAAAGAUCAUUUCGGUACAGACGGUUUGGGAGACGUGCUGGAGGACAGAGACUCCGAGAUAUGGAAAACACAAAUCCAGAAGGAGCAUGCUGUUCAUUCUUUAAUCAGACUGGUAAAUGAAAACCCAGCGCAGGUCUCACUGGUGGCCCUGGGGCCGCUCACUAAUUUAGCCCUGGCGGUUCGACUGGAUCCCAGUCUACCUCAGAAACUGAAGAAUUUGUACAUCAUGGGUGGAAACAUGGAAGGUAAAGGAAAUAUGACACCAUGUGCAGAGUUUAAUUUCUGUAUGGAUCCUGAAUCUGCGUAUGUGGUGUUGGAGGAAUACCUGUGCCCCACUUAUAUCGCUACCUGGGAGUUCACCUGCAGAAACAAGUUCUCCUGGGAGUUCUUCGACGAGCUGAUCAGCCAGGACACCGCAGCAGCUCGUUUCAUGAAGAAGAUCACGUCCAGGUGCUGGGCCUUCUCCCGGGAGCAUGGGGUCAGCUCGAAAGACGUGCAUUUUGGGUCGGGAUUCGUCCCCUACGACGCGUACGCUGUGGCGGCGUGUGUGGACGACAGCGUGAUCACCGAGAGCCUGGAGUGCGCUGUCCGGGUGGAGAUCCAGGGAGAGCUGGGCAGAGGCUCGAUGGCGCUGGAUCCCAUGGGAAAGCUAAAGAAGAACCAUCGAGUGUUUGUGAUGAAGACGUGCAACCUCGACAAGAUGGGCGCCAUGCUCAUGACGUCCCUACAGCAGCCAUGAGGAGAUACGGGCCAAUCCGUUUAACCGAUAAUCACUGAUGAUCUGUGACGUAUUAAAUAAUGUCUCGGUAUUAAUGGACACGUUUCCAUCACAAGAACUGAGACGUUUCUAAAAAUCACUAAAGCAAAAAUGUGAUGGGAAUAAAUGUUUGUGCUUAAUCAGCCUAUUUUCAGUCUAAUCUUUUAUAUAUUAAAAUGUAAUUAAAUAUAAACUCAUCAUGUCACUACUGGCAUCUUUGCUUGUGUUACUUCUCAUUAUCAAAAUAACAGCAGAAGUGUUCUCCUACUUAUAUCCUACUAUAUCCAAGUUCAUUUAACACUUAUAAGUAGUGGGUAGCACUGUCGCCUCACAGCAAGAAGGUCCUGGGUUCAAUCCCCAGGUAGGGUGGUCCGGGUCCUUUUUGUGCGAAGUUUGCAUGUUCUCCCCAUGUCUGUGUGGGUUUCCUCCCACAGUCCAAAAAACAUGCAGCCAGGUUAAUUGGAGACACUGAAUUGUCCUACAGGUACCCAGCCACUAGGAUGCAUAAACCAGUGCAUUGUAGUGCCGGUACCAAGCGCGGGUAAAUAGGAAAGGUCGUGUCAGGACAGGCAUCCGGCGUAAAAAGUGCCAAAUCAAUAAUGUGGAUCACAAUGAGGAAAUAGAAGGCCCAUCCUAAUUUACGGCCGUGAAAAUUGCGUCACAGGCCGUGAAAUGAGUCCUUUCCCGUGUAUUAUACAACAGUUAGUUCCGACCUUACAAUCUGAUUGGUUGAGAAGCGUUCUAACCGUGCUGAUAUUGGUGAUAACAGCGCGGCCUUUUCACACCACAAUGGUAUUACUCCACUGACGCGUUGCCAUUAACGACAAGUUUCAUGCACACAAACGCGCACGCAGGCGACACAGACUUUUUUUUCCCGGUCGCGUUUUAAAUCCGUUAUCUGAUACACAAUCUAGUGCACUGUGUAGGAAACAUAACCAAUUGUCUAAUUCACUAUCUAGUGCACUAUGUAGGGAACAUAUAUCCAUGAUCUGAUACACAAUCUAGUGCACUAUUUAGGGAACAUUAAUGUGUUUGUAACACGAACAGUUAGUUAAGCCAGUUAGCAGCUCCUAGUAGUUCUGUUUUCAUCCAUAGCGCCUUUGGUGUGUGCGAGAGGUUUUUUUAUUUCUUUUUUUUCCCUUCGGAGGUUCUUGCUUUCCUCUUCUUCUUGUUCUUACCUCCCUGAAAUGAGUUUUUGCAACUUGGGAUGUCUGCUUUGUAGUGUUAAACUUUAUAUUCAUUGUGGAACUACUUUUUGGUGGAAGGUAUUGUCAAUAUUAAAGCAUAUCAAUAUGAAA